ACGUUGGUAGUAGGGGGAUGGUUGGACCAGAUGAUCUUGGAGGUCUUUUCCAGCCUUAAUGAUUCUAUGAUUCUUCUAUUUGUUUUCAGGUGGAGGUGGAAGUAUCUUACUGUCUUUUCAUCUUCUCAGGGUUACACUUCAUUUUGGAAUGAUUGCAUCUCCUCAGGUUUGCGUGGAUGCAUGUUAAUCGAAUUGGCAUUGCGAGGGCGUCUUCAGCUAGAGGCUUGUGGAAUGAGGCGCAAAAGUCUGUUGACAAGAAAGGUGAUUUGCAAGUCAGAUACUUCUACAGGGGAUGUUCUGCUUGAUGAAGCUCUGAAACACAUAAAAGAGACCCAACCUCCUGAAACAGUACAAAAUUGGAUUGAACUGCUUAGUGGUGAAACAUGGAACCCAUUAAAGUUGCACUACCAGUUACGAAAUGUCCGUGAACGGUUAGCUAAAAAUCUAGUGGAAAAAGGUGUACUGACAACAGAGAAACAGAACUUCCUUCUUUUUGACAUGACUACGCACCCUCUCACCAACAACAGUAUCAAACAGCGCCUCAUCAAGAAGGUUCAAGAAGCAGUUCUUGACAAAUGGGUGAAUGACCCCCACCGCAUGGACAAGCGCUUGUUGGCACUCGUUUAUUUAGCCCAUGCUUCAGAUGUUCUGGAGAACGCUUUUGCCCCCCUUUUGGAUGAGCAGUAUGAUUUAGCCACAAAGAGAGUGCGGCAGCUUCUGGAUUUAGACCCUGAGGUUGAAUGUAUGAAAGCCAACACGAAUGAGGUUCUGUGGGCUGUUGUAGCAGCUUUCACAAAAUAACUGCAAUCAGACUGAAGUGUUCUCUUUUCUUUCAUGUAAACCAAUUGUUUCUCUUCUAUUGGCUACUCAUGUUUUCUGUAAUUUGUACCUUCUCACAUGAAUUGGCUCUUGUUUAAUGGAAUUAUAAGUGGUGUAUUCCCUCUUUCUCUGUGCAUCUGUAUACAGGAUUCUGUUGGUACAAGAGACCUUCCUAUUUAAAACAACAGAAAAAGGUUUUACUGCCAUAUUGGCUUUCCAUUUCCUUUUAAAUUUGAGUUACCUGAAAUACUUGUUACUCUAUUUUUCAUCUUAUUGUUAUUGAAGUGGUUUAACAUGGAAAGCACCUCAAGGAAACGUGCAUGCAAUUGGAUCACUAGUCUCAGCUGACACAGAUGUGUGCAUGCAUCAAUACUUCUGCAGUAUAAUUCAUAACAGAUCAAAAAGGGCCUUUUUAAAAAAUCACCAAAGCUCCAUGUUGAAGUGUCUGUCAGGGCAUUUUAUACACAAAUGUUGUUUCAAUUAUAUCUAACAAAAUUACUUUAAAAGCAGAAAUUCCAUUUAACAGCUUUGUCAACAAUAGUUCCUGUAAAACCCCAUAAAUUUUACUUUUCAUGUAAGUCUCUUGUGUACUUAUAUUUUCAUUAGAAUGAUAGCUGAGUCACAAGGCUAGUGUAGAAAGGUCCAAUCAUUUCAUAAACCAGUUUUGGGAUGGGAUACAUUCCAUUAUAUUGUAAAUACAGUUCAAGUUGUACAUUAACAACUGCCCCAUCUUAGUAUUUUGCAAGAGCUACGUAGUUGUACAUCUGGUGCCCCUUACUUGUUAUCAGUCAUUGCCAUUUGGUGGAAAGAAAGGCCUCUUAUAAAGAGUAUGUAUGUGAAAGCUGUUUGUUUCCAGCAUCUACAGAGUUUGCCAUCCAGGUAUUCUCUGUCUAUGCAUUGCCUUUGAUAAUUAGUGUAUGGAAAGAGACCACUUUCUGUCAUUUUUUUCUUCCCCUCCUGUACGGAAGAGGCUUGUGCAGAGGACCAGUGCAGUUCUUGAGUGCAGUUUUUAAUUUUGUUUGUACACAAGUUAAUGUUUGUCUCUUAAAAGUCAUAAUCUAUUUUACAUCUUAAAAACAGUCAGUCCUAGCAGGUGUUGCAUGUAAAUGGUUAGCAAGUAAUGACUGCAGUUCAGAUUAUUAAGAUUUCUGUAAUGGGACACUAUACUAUAUUUUAAUUUUUAUAUACAAUUAUGCUGAUUAACACACUUGUAAAAAAAAAAAUAUAUAUAUAUAAAACUUUGGCUUUUUAAAAUGUAUUGCCUCUUUACCAUUGCUUGUUACAUCUCCCAUUGGCUUUACAGUGUAAAUAUUAUGCAUUGAACAAAUUAAGCAUUGAUUUAUAUAUUUUUUUCCUUAUAACACAGAUUUACAGUGGGGCUUACAGGUGUUUAGAAACGUUAUUGGUUAAUAUUCAGAGCAAGAAUACUAGAUGGUGUAUAACUGUAGAGUUGAAAUUUAAAAGAUCCCUUAAUCUGUAUACUAGCUUUUUACCUACAGUAAAUAAACUAUGAUCUUGAAAGUGCCUAAAACAGAGCAAGCAUGUCAUUUUUAUUUUUUGUUGCUAAUUAGAAAGGUUUUAUUGCUUAACUGAAAGCUUUAGUUAAUAUCCUUCUUAUUAGAAAGGGCGAGUUUAUGUUAAGUAGAUCAAACUGACCUAAUCAGCAGAGUUUCUCGGGUCUGCAGGGUUUGUGACCAAGACAGACUGAAUUAGUGUAUGAGCAUGCAGCUGUGCCCACCAUGGGUAGACCUCUUCUAUCUUGAGCACAACUCUACAGCCUCAUCUGUGACUGGACUUCUGAUUUUGCACCUCAGUUUGUAUUGUUUAUAUGCUUAAGUAGUUGACUUUAAAAUACAACUUAAAUCAUCAUCAUACCUAAGUAAACUUUUUUAAUAAAGGUUUUUUAAAAUAUGGUCCUUAACAUUUAAUGUCAUGCUGUUCUUUCAGUUCUUAAAUGCUGUUUCUUUAGAAAAAUUAAAUUAAAAGUAUAUUUUAAGGUAUUUCAAACUCUGGUUUACAAAUAAAAAGAAACUGUUUUCUCAGUUGUAAGAUGCUAUGUUUAAAACUUUGAGGAGCUUGGGCAUGAACUUUCAGCUUGGGCAUUUAUUUUAAAUUUUUUCAAAACGUGGUUGUUUUAAAUGGAGGAAAAGUGAAAGUUGCUGUGUUGCUCUUAUAUUUGACAGCUUACAGAAUACUUUUUGUACUUGAUAGUAUAUGGUAACUCACUGCUUUUGUUGUUUCUCGUGAUGUUUUAUUUUCUGUAGCUCUUUGAGAGGAGAAAAAAUCAGUUGGAAAGGUCAGAGAAAUAGUGAAGUAUUCAGAAGUAAGUUGAGUGCACAAAAUUUUUAAAACAGCUUUGAAAAGCUAUACUUGAAAUGUGCUUCAGACUGACAGUAUCUUUUCAUAGUCCCUUCUGUCCUCUCAUCUUCAUUCUGUAUUUAUGUUCCUGCUGGGUUUCAUGUUAGGUUGUAGAAGAUACAGGGUUUUUGUCUCCCUUAGAGCCAACAUAUUUUAAAAUGUCACCCUUCUUUAGCCACCUCUAGAGAGAGGUUUCCACCCUCCAGAUAGAAGAUAACUCCCUACAAUAUUUAUCAGUUUUCUUUUCCUUCAAGGUAGAACCUGUGUGAUGGAGUUUGUAUUAAGUGUAUCAAAGAACCCUAUGAUAGGUUUGAUGUAAAUAACAAGUGGUUUGUGAAGAGCGAUGGUACCUUUUGCUAGACCACCUGAUAUAAACCUCUGUGUGUGUGUGAAAUAGAAGAGCUUUUGGAGUCUUCAAGUCCAAUGUGCUUUUAAAAACAAAUAAACAAAACCAAUCAAACAAAAAACACAACAAAGCCUCACAGAUGCCACUAGACCUUAAGUCUAACAAUGAAGGUAAGCUUGGUAUGUUAACAGGGAUUGAUUUAGCAAACAUCCUUACCUUCAUUGGUGUUUCAGGUUCUAAUAACGUGGUUGAACAUGGGAAACUGUUCUGCUGAGAUUCAUGUACCCUUCUUCAUAUUAGCUGCUGCUGCAGCUCACAGAUCCAGAUUUUAAGACAGUUUUGGCUGCUGUGAGUCCGUCUCUGGCUGUUUGAAGUAAAGAUUACUAUCUAUAGCCUGAAGAACCUGAACCUCAAGGGAGAAUAAGUAUUAUUCAGGGACUCAUUCUUCUAAAACAAACUUCCAAGUUAAUCUCAAAAACAGGAUUUUGAAGGAUAAAUCCACAAAUGGCAUAGACGUAUACAUUUAAUUUUACGGUCCUUGAGAUUUACAUCUUCCUGUGUUUCUAGAGAUGACUUUACAGUGCUCCUAUAUGAGGUGUUAGUGAAAACUCUGUGCCAUGCAUGAUGCUUUCGAGGUGAAAGUUGCACAAAUUGGCUAUAAAAGACUGGUGACCGAGUGCUCAUGUGUUCAUGCCCAUUUCUCCUACAAAGUAAAGAUAUGUAUUAACCGUGUUCUCUGUGAACUGGACUGAAUCUGUACUGAAACAAAAUAAAGUACCCUUUCAAGCUAUGAGCUCCAAGCGGUAAAUGUGUAUCACAUGCAUGCAGUACCUGAAGGUUUUUUUCAUUUAUUCAGUAGCUUAUUUUUCCUAAGGUCUUCACCAGUUUGGGAAAUGGAACUUUUCAGUUUUCCAUUAAAGUGUGAGUUCUAUCUAAACUGAGCUUCAGGCACUUCAGGUAGUCAAAAGCCUGUUUGCACCCUAGUUUCCAUGUAUUGUGUCCAUCUAUCUUUCUAAAUGGAAAGGGGUUUCCAGGUUCAGAGAAGUACACAUUUUUUGAAAAUAACUCCUUUAUUCUGUGGUUAUGCUUAAUUGAUACAACAGUUUAAUUACUCAGGGAAUGAGGUGCUGCCAAGUGCUUUAUAAGUGUCAAAUAUAAAAGCGUGACUUCAGGUGGUCUUGCAUAGGAGGGGAGGAUCUUUGGAUGGGGAAGAAACAUGGUG